AUGUUUAAUGCCGCUACUUUAUAUUUCUCUGGUGGUGCUGGUAAAAAAGAUGAAGCAUUGGGAAAAAAUAUAUUAGAGCAGCUGCUUAUAAACAGCAUAAGAAAGCUAUUGAAUAUUGCAAGAAAAAUGGGUAUACCUAAAGGUAUAUUACUUAAGUGUAUGGAAUAA